AUGUGUGCAAGGAAACUAAAGUAUUCUUCAGGUGACGAGCUACCAUUGUUUGCUACCCCUGUUGAAGCGAUGCGGGAAGGAACACGUCAGGAAGAUCGUAGAAGGAGGCAGAUGGAAUACCAAGCUCCCAAAUAUGGAGGGAUGGCAAUUUCUCCGCAACCUACAGCUAACCAGCCUGGCGUCGGUAGUAAUAUUCAGAAACAAAGAUUACAUAUGCAAGGAAAUGGAAGUGCUAUGGAUUAUCAUGACCAACAACCUUACCAGCAAGGAGGCCACCAGUUCAAAAUGAACUCGCAACCUCAGUAUGGAAUACCACCACAACAGCACCAGCGUAUGCAGGCAGCGCAAACCCCUCAGUAUUCUAAUCAAGGUGGUCGUACACAGUCACAACCUCAAUCAUCACCAUAUGUACACCCACCUCAUGAUGUUUACUCACAUACACAACCACCACGCCAGCAGGUUCAUUCACAGCCUCAAAGCUAUCCACAGGCGCAGCAACAGUCGUUUGGACAUGGUAGCCAUCAGAACAGGCAGUAUCCUCAUCCGCAGUCACAGCCAUAUCCUAAUGCGCCUCAAGGACAGCGCCUAGCACCCGCUCAUAAUGGAAAUGGGCAGUAUGCCAUGCCACCACAACAGGUUUCUCGUCCUACAGGGGUUCCACAGCAGCCUCAGUCCAUGCCUCCUUCGCAGCAGCACCUACAGCCACCGCCUACACACUCUCCAAUGUUACAUCCAUCUUCUGCGCAACAGUUCCAGGCGCAGUCGCAGAGUCACUCUCCAAUGAUGCAUCCAUCUUCAGCACAGCAUUACGCUUUACCAUCUCAUAGUAAUCCAGGAAGUUUUGUUAACCUCCCAUCCGCUACUCCAAGUAACGCUUCUGGUCCAGGAGGACCAACUUCUUCUACGGAGGACCAGGAUGCAGUUGUUGCCAAAAGAUUGUUUCAAAAUCACGAUUCCCGUAAGCUUGAGCGUUUGACCGCAGAGGAAUUACAAAAUAUAUUGCAGAAUGAUGACAAUACCCAGUUCUGUAUGAGUUCCGUGAAUGCUCUCAUUAAUCUUUUUGGUGCAUCGAGAUUUGGUACUGUUAAUUUACCCGAAUUCACCUCGCUUUACAAAAGAGUAAAGAAAUGGCGAAUGGUAUAUGUUGAUAAUGACAUAAAUGGGUCCUUUACCAUUUCGGUAACAGAGUUCCAUAACUCACUUCAAGAGCUUGGGUACUUAAUCCCUUUUGAGGUAGCCGAUAAGCUAUUCCAACAAUACUCUGAGUAUAUGAAUAACAACAAACAUACUAAGGAACUUAAGUUUGAUAAAUUUGUUGAGGCAUUAGUAUGGUUAAUGAGAUUGACAAAGACUUUCAGGACGUACGAUACACGUCAGGAUGGAGUCGCUACUAUCCACUUUAAAGAUUUUAUAGAAACGUCCUUAUAUCUAGGAAAGUUUUUGCCGAGGUGA